UUCCAGAAAGUGCGAGGGCGGUUGCGCAGGGAAGUGGGGAGGUGGAUGAUUGGAUGCUGUCGCUUUUACAUAACCUAACAUUUGGCUGUGAUUUCUUUGAAAUCGCUUUUGUUAUAUGCCCGCAUCAUUAAAACAUUCCGCAUAGCUGUGUAGAUCGAAUACGUCGUGUUGCUGUAGUCGGGGAGUUAAAAUAGGAAAGAGGGUUUAACGGGAAGCGCGGCGGCCGAAACACUCAUCUGCAUCAUAACCGGACAGUGGGCUGCGGUGCUGCUGCUAUUACAGCCUGUGUGCAAGAUUAUAAGGGUGUCUUGCCCUACUGCAAACCAGCAGGUGACUGACCACUUGCAGACGGGAUUUGCAAACACUAGCCAGAAUGAGUGUUGAAGAGAAUUCUGCUGCUAAACCUGCGCCUGUGAUGGACGUGCAGGGAGAUGGACGCUGGAUGUCACAGCAUAACCGGUUUGUGCAGGAGUGUAAGGAUGCAGAGCCUGAUGUUCUGUUUGUUGGGGACUCAAUGGUUCAGCUUAUGCAGCAGUACGAGGUGUGGAGGGAACUGUUCUCACCUCUUCAUGCUUUGAACUUUGGGAUCGGUGGGGACACAACCAGUAAUGUGCUGUGGAGACUUCAGAAUGGAGAACUGGAAAACAUCAGACCCAGGGUGGUUGUUUUGUGGGUAGGAACCAAUAAUCACGAGCACACAGCAGAACAGGUUGCAGAAGGAAUAUUGGCUAUUGUCCAGCUACUUCUGUCUCGCCUCCCUAAGUCCAAAAUUAUUGUUUUGGGUCUGUUACCAAGGGGGGAGUUUCCUAACCCCUUAAGAGAAAAAAAUGCAGCAGUGAAUAAUUUACUUCGUGCAACCCUUCCUCAACUCGGCCCUGUUCAGCUCCUUGAUGUGGGAGGUAGUUUUGUUCACUCCGAUGGAACGGUUUCCUCUCGGGACAUGUUCGACUUUCUACAUCUGACCGCCUGUGCGUACAGGACCAUAGCAUCUUCUCUCCAUGACCUGCUUCUUCAGCUUUUGGAGGAAACGCCUCAAGAGAGGCGAGGCUCGCUGGUCUAAAAAGUGGGCACGGAAUUGGUCAAUCACUGUAGAGGUGGGGUUUACAAUUGUUGGAUAUUCAGCAAAAGAUUAAAAUACUUUUGAGUAGGAUCAAGUACAGUGAAAACAACAGAGAUUGAAUUACAGCAAAACAAAUAGGGCAGAGUUCACUUUUAUAUGACUUAUAGUGAAUGUCUAUAUGUAUCUAAAAUACAACAUUAGGAGAAAAAUAGAUAAGAAAUGUAUGUGUCUACAAGAUAAUGGCUUUUGUAGGUGUGUUGCUGUGCGGAGGGACCGGAAUCUUUAAUGUCUCACUGUCACCGUCUGAACAACCUUCGGUAGUAGCACUUACUCUGCAGCUUCUCUGUGCCUUCAUACACACAGUCAGUCACCCUCACUGUGAUGUUAUGCUGACAAUAACCUAUUCAUACAAGAAGAAUCAUGCCUUUGAAAUCCUUGCUUCCAGUUUUAGUUCAAGUAUAUGCUGACAUGGAGACAUCUAGUACCUUCUCCUUCACUUAUUUAUAUUCUAGUCUUUUUUCUUUGCAGUUUUUCAAUCUAAAGAAAAUAUAAAAUAUAGAGCCAGACAAGAGAGAUCUAACUGUGUCUGUGUGAGAAUGCGUGCGUGUGUGUGUGUGCGUGUGCGUGUGUGUGUGUGUGUGUGUGCGUGUGCGUGUGCGUGUGCGUGUGCGUGUGUGUGUGUGUGUGCUUGUGUGCUUGUGUGUGUGUGUGUGUGCUUGUGUGUGUGCGUGCGUGUUUGACUGCAAAUCUCCUCUUAAGCAUCUUAUGCACACAUGCAGUUUGAAGUUUUCAGUGUUAAUAUUUAUCUCACUUGCUCUGCAUCCAUGUUAUUGUAUAGGUGUCCACGCGCUCUUAAAAGUAUUAUGCGGAGAGUUGAUGUGUGUAUGUUUACACAUAUGAUUCUAUGGGAAAGCACUGAUAAAUUAAAUUCUGAGUGAGUGACUUUGUAAAUAUAUACAUAUAUACAUAUAUAUAUAUAAAUUGUUAGUAUUAAUGUACUCUGUGCAAGUGCUUAUGUACAGUAGCUUUAUGUUAAUGUUUUUGUGUGUAAGAGAGCAACCAUGUAAAAACAUUUGUAUUGCCAGCAAAGCGUACACCAUUACUAUGGCAUAACUCCCACAUGCUUCAGAUCCAAGCAUUCCAAUAAAACAUCAGGGAUCCUACC